UCGUCUCCAUCACUUUCAGAUUUUGUUAUUGUUGACUCAUGCUCUUUCUCGCGGCUUCUGGAUCCUGAGUCCCCUCUUUACCGUAUUUCCAAAUUCCAUCUGUUUGUUAACCUCUCUAUUUAUGGGAAUCCAGUCGGAUUACCGCUUCGAAAGUUGAAGUUCCUCUCCGCAGCAAUUUUGAUAGGUCUAUUGAACGCAGAUGGUAUUCUUGUGCUGGCAUCGACCUUCUCUCCAAGACCAGAAAGCAUGCAUCGCUAAGUCUGGCACUUUCAACUACGACAUUCAAUAUAGAGGAGCUACUGCUAAAUCUCUGUCUUCCCUUAAAGAAGAUGAAGGGUUCUCCAAAGAUGGAUUUUUACUAAAUCAUGCUCGAGUAUUGGUAGGUUCUGGUCUUGAUACUUUUGAAAAGGGCAAGAGUGCUCUGAAGAAUUGGAGACAUUUUGGAUUGGAUUGGGCAUUUGUUGAUCCAAAAACUCCAGUUCAACAAGGAGUGAAGUUUUGUGCUUGUGUAAAGGAGUUCUUCCCAUGGCUCAUGAUGCCUCUUCAGGUCGUAUAUGUGAAUGAAAGCAGAACUAAAAGAAACCGCAAUGCCUCCUUUGGUUUUGGAAGUGGCACUCAGGGUGGUCACUUACUGGCUGGAGAAGAGAGAUUUUCAAUUGAGAUGGAUGAGAAAGGCCAGGUAUGGUAUGAAGUACUUUCAUUCUCAAAGCCUGCCCAUAUUCUGUCAUUUCUUGGAUACCCCUAUGUUUUGCUGAGGCAAAAACAUUUUGCUCAUGAAUCUACCAAGGUGAUGCUGAAACAUAUCGAUUCCUCAAAAUCCUGAUUGUUGUCUACCAUCAUUUUCUUAUAUAGUUAAGUAUAGUUCUCUCAUGUAUUUGUUCUUAAAACGCUGUUGGUAUGCUGCUUUGUAAAUUGAGAUGGCGGAUGCGAAGCCUUGUAAAUUGAAUAUAGUAUAUCAUAAUUUUUACAAGAUGUGAACAAUGCGGCUUAGUUCAUA